AUGUCCAACUCGGACAAUUCAGACGAACCUGGUAUGGAAAUCUUUGAUCCCGGUUCGACUCUCCACAGCGGCCUAUCACCAGAGGCAGACUUCCUCAUCGCCCGACUCCGGCAGCAGGGCAUCCCCACAGCCCCAGGCCUCACUCUCUCGCAACUUCGAGAGCUCUCGGAUCAGGUCUCCAGCUCAGCUCCCCAGCCCGAGGCAGCAGCCCCAAGCAGCUCCCCAGAGAGACCAGGGCGAGGACGCGGCCGCAGCCGCGGAGGAAAAAAACGCAGGAAAUCGAGCCCUCCAGGACCCCGUCCGCCUCCCAAAUCCACCCCUUCUCAGGCUCACCAGGCCGGGAGCGGGGAAAGUAGCGUGGUCGGCGCCCUGCAAUCCCUCAAUAGCUCCAUAAGAGCCAUCGAUGCUCGCCUCCAGGCCCUGGAAGACUCCGGCACAGGAGCGUCAACUUCCGCCGCAUUCAGAGCAGCGCUCGCUGCCUCAGUCCCGCUGGGGUUGCCAGGUCAGGGUUUUCCACGCAUCCCAGUGGCAGCUCCUCCUCACUCUCUGGCUUCAGCCCUCCCAGCCCCCCCUGCAGGGCUCUCCCAAGGCUUCAGGGUAGGGGUCCUCUCAUCUCCCACAGUUACUUUCGUAGCAAAAAACCUACAGUCAGCCGCUAAAGAACCCAACAUAGUUUCCCAGCUCAUCGACAAAGAACUCCACAAAGGAUACAUAAUCGGCCCCUUUAGCUCCUCCCCCUUCCCAGUGUUCCGUUCAAAUCCCAUAGGAAUAGCCACACGCAAAUACUCUGGAAAAAAAAGGCUGAUUUUCGAUCUGUCCGCUCCCCGUUCCGGCACAUUUUGCAGCGUCAAUAGUAUCAUCCCUCCAGAGCAGUUUUCCCUUCACUAUGCCUCAGUGGACAAUGCAAUCAAAUUGAUUAAGUUCACAGGGCACGGAGCGUGGCUCUCCAAAGCGGACAUUACCGAUGCCUUAAAAAUCAUUCCCAUUCAUCCGUCUCAGUGGAACUUGUUCGGCAUUAAGUGGGAGUCCAAAUUCUAUUUCGCCGUUCGCCUGACCUUCGGGUGCAGAAGCAGCCCCUGCAUCUUCAACUCCUUCUCGGAAGCGCUCUGCUGGAUCCUGCUGAACAUCGUCAGAAUCCCCUCCGUCCUUCACCUACUGGACGACUUCCUCCUCAUAGACCCGCCACAGGACAGCUCAGGGACCUCACUGAGCAAACUGAAACACUGCUUUCAGGAGCUAGGCGUCCCCCUCUCCAAUGAAAAAACGUUAGGUCCCAACACAUGCUUAGAGUUCUUAGGCAUCACCCUUGACUCCAUAGACAUGAAGGCGUCUCUCCCCUCCGACAAAUUGCAGCGCAUUCGGGACAUCACCAAAUCAUACUGCGAGCAACAAAUCAUUACAAAACAACAGCUGCUCUCCCUUCUAGGACACCUCAACUUCGCCAUGCGAGUCAUCCCCCAGGGGCGCUCGUUCAUCUCCCGCCUCCUGGACACAGCAUCAGCGGUCGACAAUCUCCAUGACCGCGUCCUCUUAGACGAAGGCUGCCGCUCAGACCUACGUUUCUGGUCUUUCCUGCUCGCCCACUGGAACGGAGUCACUUUCUUCUAUGACGACCUUGUGUGUUCCUCCGAUUCAAUGAGGUUCUUCACGGAUGCCGCCCCAUCCGUGGGUUUUGGGGGCUUCUUUCAGGGCGAGUGGUUCGCAGGGUCUUGGCCCCCGUCAUUCCCUAAUCAUGCCUCAUCCUCCGCUCUGCACGAGAUAUUUCCGAUCGCCGUUGCAUGCCACGUAUGGGGUCACCAGUGGUUCCGUAAACGCAUCUCGGUGCUGUGCGAUAACCAAUCAGUGGUCGAAAUCAUCAAUAAAGCGCGCUCCCAGUGUAGCGACAUCAUGCCAUUCAUGAGAAGCAUCACGCGGUCCUCCAUUAUCCACAACUUCAUCAUCACAGCUCGUCACAUUCCCGGUCACCUCAAUGUCAUCGCUGACUCCCUCUCUCGCUUUCAUUUCCAGACAUUCCGGAGCCUCUGCCCGGAAGCCAGCUCGCAACCAGUCGGAAUCCCUCCACUUCAUCUCCUCUCUCUGCACUAA